CGCUCAUUCACUAUGAUGCGCGCCUAGUUGAAGGAGGCUCUCCACACCCGGUCCCUCCUGCACGCCUAAAACUUUCUAAUGAAAUCCCUCAAAACUUUUUGACAAAUAUAUUUAUAGAUAUACUUUUUUUCCUCUGGGGGUCAAGAGGGUUUUCGACUUAUUAAUCCGUUAAUACUUCAGAAUAUGGAGCCCAGUUCCACAGAGGGAGGAGCUGAGGGGAAGCCCGUUAGAAGUCUUCCUCACAAAGUGAUACUCAAGCAUGGCCAAGAGCUGGAGGAAGAGCAGGAGGAGCUGGCCGAGCAUCAGCCUCUAGAGCAGGAAGACCUGAACUUUGAGAGAUGGAAGCGCAGGCCGAUUCCCAAGAGGACGCUCCACCAGAAAAUAGACGACCUGAAGAAAUACCUGUGGAAUGCAGAGACCAACGAAUUCAUGGGUCGCUCUGGAAAGAGCUGGAGCCUCAUCCUUCUCUUCUAUGCUGGACUUUAUUUGUUUCUUGCAGCCAUGUUUGGCGGCUGUUUGUUUUGCCUCAUGUGGUCUAUUAGUCCCUACCACCCCACCUACAAUGAUAGAGUGAUGCCACCAGGUAUGACGAUGGCCCCGCACCUAGAAGGCCAUGAGAUUGCUUUUAACGCAUCUGAUCGCAAAUCCUGGAAGAAGUACGCCAGGUCUAUGGAAGAAUAUCUAAGGCCAUAUAACGAUGCUGCUCAGCAGAGGAAGAAUAUUCUCUGCAAUAAGGAGACAUACUUCAUGCAGGACGGCUUGGACGAGACUGCAGAGCGGAAAGCGUGUCAGUUUAAGCGAUCCUGGUUGGGGGAGUGUUCAGGGAUGCAGGACCCCCACUAUGGCUAUUCUCAGGGAAGGCCAUGCAUCCUUCUUCGAAUGAAUCGGAUUCUUGGGUACUUACCUGGCCAGGGCAAACCAAUAAAUGUGACUUGUGGAGUUAAGAAAGGACCACCAGAAGCCUUGGGAGAAAUCCAGUUUUUUCCUAAAAGCAUUUUUGAAAUGAAGUACUAUCCGUAUUACGGGAAGCUCAGACAUGUAAACUACUCUUCACCGGUGGUGGCUGUGCGUUUUGCAGGAGUGCAGCAAGACACUCACAUCCAAGUACAAUGCAAACUGAAUGGAAAGGGCAUCAUUAACGACUCUCCCACUGACCGCUACCUGGGGAGCGUGACCUUUUCCUUGGAGGUUGGAGCAUAAGGAGAAGGUGUUGCUGCCAGCAGGAUGCUCACGAGAUGAGGCAGGAAAAUAUUCACAAGACAAGAUUUAUAUUGAACCCUUAUUUUCCAUGAAAUAUAAAAUUUCCCCCUGUCCUCGUCUUUCACUUAAAUAUCUUCUGCUGUGAAACAAAAUCCUCAAGAAGUAGGUAUUUACUCAUGUUUUUGUUGUUUCUUUGUACCUUGAGUGUGCUACUGGCACCUGCACCCACAACAAAUAUUUUGUAAUGAUUAGCAAGAUUAAUCGAACUAAAUUACACUCUGCCCAUUAGUUAGCAUUUCUGGCUAUGCAAAUCCAAUUAUGACUUAAACAUUAAUAGGGGAUUAGACUUCUUUUUUUCAGGUUAGAUUGUGUUUUUUUUUUUUUGUGCACAUUUUUGUGCGACCAAGUGUACUAAUUUGUUUUGCAUUAUAUUUUUCAAACAUGUAUAUUGUAAGAAUUCAAAGAACUAUCAUGCAAACACUGAAAGCAGGACUUGUACUGUACUUACACAGUAAAAAAAAAAAAAGACGUAAUAAAUGCAAAUACAUGAUUACUAUAUUUUUGUUGAAUA